AUGCUGGACCCCAUCCUGGACCUCAUCCCCUGUGAAGAUGAGAUGCCGUCCAGCUCAGAGGACAUUAGUGUCGUCCCUGGAGGACUAAAGAGGAAAAGAACAGAAGAUGGGGAAAGCCUACAGAGGGAGAAAAGCAGGAGACUGGACCCCAUCCUGGACCCCAUCCUGGACCUCAUCCCCUGUGAAUAUGAGUUUCCGUCCACCUCACAGGACAUUAGUGUCGUCCCUGGAGGACUAAAGCGGAAACGAACAGAAGAUGGGGAAAGCCUACAAAGGGAGAAAAGCAGGAGACUGGACCCCAUGCUGGACCCCAUCCUGGACCCCAUCCUCUGUGACGCUGAGUUGCCGUCCACCUCAGAGGACACUGAAAGCAGAAACCCACCCGAGGCGGCUCUGAGCGCGAGAAGCGCCGAUGAUGGACCGGUUCAGAAGGACGACCUAGUUCCAGACCCGUCAGCCAUGUUUAAGGCCAAGUACAGCGUGCAGGUGAAACUUGGCGAAGGAGGAUAUGGAUGCGUGUAUGCUGGCUAUCGCAGAGAGGAUAAUCUUCCUGUCGUUAUGAAGCAUAUUAUCAUAGACAAAGAGCUCCUCUUUCACGAAGACAGUGAUGGGCUCCAGAUCCCCAUGGAGGUCGCUGUCCUAAGGAAGCUAGAGGCCGAAUCAAAGCGGCAUUCAGCACACAUUGACCUACUGGACUGGUACGUUGUGGACAAGGAGCUGGUCCUGGUGCUGGAGAGACCGAUGCCGGCCGUAGACCUCUUCAACUACAUUCAACACAAAGGAGGCUACUUGGAGGAACAGGAAGCUAAGAUUAUAAUGAAGCAGUUGGUGAAUGCAGCCAUUGACCUCCAGGAGAAGCACAUUUUCCACCGGGACAUCAAGCCGGAAAAUCUCCUUAUUGAGACCUGCAUGAAGUUGCCACGAGUUCGCGUCAUCGACUUCGGUCUGAGCUGCUUCGGCGGAGAAGACGACGUCUAUGACACCUUCUAUGGUACUCACGUCCCCCCAGAGUGGGCCAGUCGGCGGGAAUACAAAGCCGGACCCACUACAGUAUUCCAGAUAGGAAUGGUCCUGUUCUACAUGGUCAAAAUAUCAUCUACCUCGCCGCUGGAAUCCGUUUGGCAGCUGAAGACCGACUGGUGGCUUUCUCAAUAUUUCAAAGAAUUCGUAAAGGCCUGCAUGAAUCCUCACUCUCUAGAAUGCACAGAAUUCUACAACGGUUGCGUACAUGUGGACCCGGAUCAGCGGUUCACCCUGGAGCAGCUGAAGAACCACCCGUGGCUGAGAUAGCAUCACACUACACACACGCCUACAUUUACAUUUAAACAUAAA